UAAACCUGCCGUAAAGCAACAUUAACUGUCGUAACUUUGAGUCCGGCAGCAGAGGUCACAACAAACUACUCAGCAUGGGAGGUGACCACGGCCACAGCAAGACAUCCAUGCCAGACUGGCGGCAGUGGAAGGCGGAGGGAACACCUUUGGAGUUCACACAGCAGAGGCUGGCAGCCAGGGGUCUCAAGGAUCCAUGGGCACGUAACGAGGCUUGGAGAUACUCAGGUGGCUUCGCUCGCGCUGUGACUCUGUCUGAUGUGCUACUGAAGGGAUUCAAGUGGGGCUUUGCUGCCUUUACUGUUGCUCUGGCUGUAGAGUACGCCCUGUUCCCUCCAAAGAAAGGGGGCCACUAAUGCUCAUCACUGUCCCUCAAGCCCAGACCAUAAUGCAUUCUAAUAAUAUUCUGUAUUUUCUGUUUAUUAAAUGUUUUUCCGAUCA